AUGCGGGUGCCCCGCUACCUGGGCCACCGGGUGGAGCCGAGCAGGCGGGGCGGCUGGCUCGUCCGCACGGCCAUGUCUCGGGUGCCCGGCGAGGGCCUGGACGCCUUCCUGAGGCGCCCGCCCGUGCUCGGCCAGGACAGUGCCGUGGCCGCGCACUGCGGCUGCGCGCUCGCCGCGCAGCUCUUCCGGCAGCUGGGCCCGACGCUCGAGAGGAUGGCCCCCCAUGCCUGGCACAGGGACGUGAACUCGCACAACGUCCUCAUCUCCGACGCUCUCGACGGGGGCUGCCUGCGCGCGUGUGCCAGUGCUGAGGACGCGGCGCACCGGGCCUCCUUCUGGCUGAUCGACUUCGGCCUCGCCGUGGACUCCACGACCUGGCCGUCCGCGUGGCAGCACGCCGACGUCGCGGGCGACUGCCGCUACUGGCCGCCGAGCUCCUUCCUGAUGAGCUUCUUCGGGCCCGAGGAGGUGGCGUGCAACCCGCACUUGUGCAAGCAGUACCAGACACAGCUGGACACCGCUGGUUUAGGGCUCACCGCGCUCGAGAUCCUGGCGACCUUCGCAUUGUCCGCUCGGGGCGGGAUGGGUGGCGGCGCUGGUGCGGCACCUGCUGUGUUCGGCGGGCCUUGGUUGAGGCUCUUAGCGGUGUGGGAGAAGUACCGCGACGAAGUCAGCCGAUGGCACAUGAAGAUCUUCCAGGUCUUUGCCGCCGGAGGCGACAUCGGCCCGCUGUACAGGGAGCUCGCCCAGGAGCAAGUCGUCGAGAAGGUCUCGGCCCACAUCGCUAAGAUGGGCACGCUCCUGCGCGCCUGCGCCGCGGGGGGGGUGCGGUCGGCCCGCAACGAGAGGGUCGAGGAGGCAAGGGCCCGAAACCUCUUCUGGGUCAUCGCCGAGGCCAUCGACGAGACCAGCUCGCUUGGACUCCGGGAGGCUGUGGAGAAGCUCGGCGGACCCGAGGGUUGCUCCAGCAGGCCUCCGCAGCCGCCGGCCCUCGCGCCCGCGCCGCGCGGUGCCAGCCCCCAGACUCGUUGCAGCUCUGCGCGGCGGGCGCUGUCGGCGGCUGGGCCGCCGUCGCCAGCCGCUCCGUGCUCGCCGCUGCCCCUGGCGGCCGCGGCCCACGCAGUGCCUGCGGAGCUCUCGCCACGCCCCGUGCCGGCGUGCCCCCCGGGCGUGCAAGUGCCACUGGCGUCGGCGGCCCACCGCCACCGCAGCGCCUCGCCUACGCCAGGGGCGCAGAUGGGCUGCCGCCCCGGGUGGGCCACCGCGCCGAUCCCAGGCGGCGCGCCGUGCGUUUGGCAGCCGCCCGCAGCCGCCUGGCAUGCCAGUGGCCAGGACCACGCUGCGCGCUGCCUCAACUGGCGCGCGCCCCCGACGCCACGGCCUCCACGACCGCUGGGGUGCGGCGCGGGGUGCGCGAGCCUAGCCCCGCCUGCGCCGUGCCAGGCGCGCGCCGGGGCCUCGCCGGGCAUCAGCCUGUCCUACCGGCCGCCGCCCGCAUGGGAGGCGCACUCCCCCGCGCCGUACCCUGGAGCUCCCUGCUCGCCCGGGGCGCUGCUCCUCCGCACUGCCCCCGCGGCGCCCGGCGCGCCGCUGGGCGCGCCGCGCUGCGCAGGCCACAGUCCUGGUUGGUCCUCCGUGCCGCUGCCGGGCGGCGGCCCGCCGCGCGCCGCGCGCGGCGGGCCCGCCUCGCCCACGUCGCCACGGCCCGCCGAGGUCCCGCCCGCGCAGAGGUUCGCCUGGCACUCGGCGGCCGCUGGGUGGUCUCCGCGGUCGCCGGGCUCCGGCCUGGCGGCGGUGUCGCCCUCGUGCGGAGCGCAGGCGAGGGGCCGCAGCGUGUCCUACCAGCCCCCGCCGCUCGAUGCCCUGCCGCACCAGGCGCGGGCCGCGUCCCCGCCUCCCAAGGGCGCUCUGCCCGCCGCUGCCGCGCGCACGGCCCGCCCGCCUCAGCGGGCGCCGCGGGUGGCGGGGCGGUUCGGGGGCGCGUGA